AUUUUUUGAAAUCUAUCUAAACCUUGCUUAAAGAUUAUAAGGAUAUGACUUUAGAUUUUAUCUUAUAAGUUUUAAAGCUUGCUUUAGUUUUUCUAUUAGGAUUUGGUGAUUUAUUAAUUUAAAUACUAUACAUGUCCUUAGAGAAAUUUUAAUAUGAUGUGCUUCUUACCUUAAACGCUAUCUUUUUUAUUUUACCAUUUAUAAUUUUACUUAUAUGCUGGGCAAUAUUGAUUGCCAAAUCACAGAAAUAAUACUUUCCUAUAAGAGAUUUCAAGGCAGGAUAAACGGAAAUUAAUUUUAAAAUAAAAUACUUUUUGGCAUUCAUAAAAUAAUUUUUGAUUUCAAUGCCAAAGAGUGUCUACUUCACAUUUUUGAUGUACUUUAGAGUGUUUGGUGUUGUGAUUUUGAAACAAACAUUUGAGAACUAUUAAGCUUUUAUGACAGAGUAACUUAUAAAUGAAAUAAACGAAAAAAUGAAUUAAGAAAACUUGGAAAAUUUAUAUUAAGAAGAAAAUGAUAAUAUAAAGAUGAGAUAUGGAGAUGACUAAGCAGUGGUAUAAUAACAGUAAAAUUCGAUAUAACACACAGAAUAAUAAUAAAAAGAAAUAGAAAUGAAAAAGAAAAAAGAGCUUUAGGCCUAAGCUAGUGAGAAAAUUAGAAAAAUGUUAAAACAAGGAAAAGAAGCACUAUAAUUAAACAAAUCUAAAUUUUCAUCAGCGUAAGUAAAAUAACCAAGCUCUAUUCUAUAAAACGCUGCUUCUAUGAGUAUUAGAAAAGGUGUUUCCUAAGAUAAAAGUAUGAUAAUAAAAGAAUAAAAUGAUGAAUCAAACUUUUCUAUGAACAAAUCUGUGUAAGAUUAGUCAAUAUCAUUUUAGUAAGGAAGAUAAAAAUCUAUUAUAGACUUAUCAAUCAUACAUUAGAAUUAGCACUAAGAUUAUUCCUAGCUAAACAUAAGUGAUUUUUAAAUAACUAAUCAACAAUAACUCUCCUAAAAUAUGAAAGAAUCCAAACAAAAUUCUAUCAUAUCUUAAGCUAUAAAACAGUAAUAAAACAUAUUAGAAGAAUAAUAAAAGAGGAAAGAAGUCCUCAAAUUAGAAAAAAAAAUACUCAUUGAUCUCCGUUAGAAUGAAAUUAAGGAAUAAAAGGUUUUAUAUACAAUUUAAUCUUAGCAAUUAAACUACAACGAAAAUAAACAAAUUGAUGAUAGCGAAAAUCUGGAGCCAAAAGACCUAAAGUAGUAAAAUAGCAUCUAAUAAAACUAUUUUGAGCUUGAAAAUGUAAUAUUAGAAAAUUCCUCUUAUAAAACUAAUAAAAGAGUUAAUAUAUUUGGAGAGUUUUUAGAUGAAGUUAUUCAGAGCUCAAAAGAAAUCAAUUAGAGUAGCAAGUUUGGCCCUAAAAAGACAUAAAAUGAAAACAUACAUCCUUCAAUUUAAUAAGAUUAAAUUAAUGGUAAAGAUAGUAUUAAUUUUAUGCAAAAAAAUUAAUCCCAACAAGAAGAUUAAUUGAAAACACCUUAAAUGCCAGCUCUAAAGCUUCAAGCAUCUUCCUCUAUCAAAAAACAUAUACAAAAAUCAUAAUCUAUAUACUUACAGCCUGUUGAAGUGUCGUUUUAGAAAAAAACAGAGAUUAAUAUUCAGACAUCAUAACAGAGUAAUAAUUAAGAAAAUAUUGAUUUAUAAUUAAGUGCUAACAUAGGUUUUGAUUACAAAAGAUUCUUAACUAAUAAACUUCUAUUCUAGUAUUUAGUAAUUGGUAAUUUUAUCAUUUGUAUUUUUAGCACUAUGCCAAAUUUAGGACUCAAUUUAGUAAAUAUCUCGAUUCUAAACAAUUAAAGUGGAAUUGCACUAGCACAUCUAAUACUUGGAAUAUUUAAUAUUUUCAUCAAUUCGUUUAUAGGUCUAAAUGAUAUAUUUUAUAAUAACUACUACUCUUACUACUUUAUAGAAUCCCAACUAAGUAAAUUAAAAGCAAAAAGUUAAAUUCACAUUGAUUCCAGAUUUCCUAUUCCACCUAAAGUUGUAAUUGACUCUAAUAUAUAAUUAGAUAGGCUUAUAGAUUUAAACCCUACUAGCUGUCUAAAUAUUUAAAAGCUAAGUUUUUAACCUCCGAAGCAAAGAUAUUAUCUACCAAUUUUAGUGAAUUCUUUAGAGAAAACAUUCUUAAAACUUAAGAAUCUUACACAUCUCCAUAUUGACCUUCAGUAUCAAUUUAUGUAAGAAAGCUACAUAAUUAAUUCAAUCCAAACAGCUUUUACAGAUUGUGGUAUGCUUGAAGAUAUUUAUAUAAAUUUGAUUGGGAAUACAAUAAGAAAGAGAAGUUACAAACGUUUGGUUACAAGUUUAACAGAGGAUGAAUAAUCUAUUAAAUUAUUCAGAGUGCUUAUUAUCUCAGAAAAAGAUUUAUAUUAUAAAAAAUCUUUAAUUGAUGAUCAAGCAUACAGUGAUUUUUCAAUUAUCUAGAAGCAUUCUUAACAAAAUUUAAGGAAGAUAUAAAUCAAUCUAAGUGAAAUUUCAUAUCUUGAUGAUUAAAUAUAGUUUGAAAUAUUAAAGCUACUUGAAAAUAUUAGUGUUAAAAAAAUAGAAAUAUUUGGAAACAUUUAAGAUUACUACUUCAGCUAAGUUUACAGAAUCAUUAAUGAUAAAAAAUGCAUCCAAUAUGCUCAUAUUCUUUUAGAAGAAAAAUCAUAUUGGAAAUGGGGUUAACUUCAAAGGAUAUUCAAAUAUGAUACACAAAAUAUAAGUCUUGACUUAGAAAUAUCUGAUUACAAAAAGCUUGGUUAAGUUGGUUGCAGAGUACUAUCUGAUUCAAUAUAAGUUUGUAACUCAAUCGAAGUCUUCGAUUUACAACUUUUUAAUUAAAAGGUUGGAAGCUAAGGAGCUUUUUAAAUAUUUUAUUAAAUGUAAAAGCACAUUAAUCUUUAAGAGCUAACUUUAGAUAUUUCUAAAAAUUUCUUAAGCGACGAAGUUAUGUUAUCUCUAUCUGGAUGUCUUUCCUUAUUUUAAUUUUUAAAAAAGCUCUAUCUCUAUCUAGACUGUAAUAGCAUACAAGCUGAAGGUUGCAAAUAUAUUUCAUAUGGACUUUAGCAACUUGUAUCUUUGCAAGAAUUGCUUUUAUCGCUUGAAAAUAACAAAGUAUUAGCAAAUGGGCUAAAUUAGAUAUCAUAGGCACUUCCUUACUUCUCUAAAUUAAAAGAAUUGCAUUUAAAUUAUUCCGAUUGCCUUUUAAAUACUGAUAAAUAAAAUGAAGAUGAGCUAAAGAGAAAUAAAAACUUAGGAUUCAAAAGUGUUUUGGAUAUGUCAGCAUUGUAUUUAUCCUUUCAACAAGAAGAUUAAGAAAUGUAGGUAAAUAACUCUCUUUCAUUAAAAGCUUAAGAUCUAUGGAACCAAAGUGUUUUUUGUACUUAAUUAUUUAAAAAUAUGCCAGAGUAAAAUUAGUUCCAUGCACUCAGUUUGAUUUUGAGGAAUUGUCAUAUAGGAUCAUUAUAGUCUAGAUUAAUUUGUUUAACUUUAUGUAAAAUGAAGAAUCUAACUUAUUUAAAUAUGGAUCUUUCUGAUAAUCUUUUAGAAAGAGAAGGAGUUAAUUAUAUUUUUAGUGGAUUAAAAAAACUUGUUUACGUAAAUAAGCUCAUAUUAAAGUUGAAUAGGGUAAAUAGUUUACUUAGUAUACCAAAUAUUAAAGAGCAUAGUAAUAAUGUAGAAGAUCUUGAAAAAUAAAAAGAUGAAAUUAAGGUUUUUGUAAAAAUGCUUUCCAACUAAGUAAAUUAAUAUGAAGCGAGAAUAAUUGCUAAUGAUUGUGAAAUAGACUAAAUUAAUGAGAAAUAAUUGAAAAUUGCUGACGAUAUUAAAGAUGAGCUGUCAAAAUAAAAAAACGAAAUACUUUAGUAAGAGCAAACUCUGAUGAAUGAAGAAAAAGACAUUUCAUAAAAGACCGAGUCAAAAUAAUUAAGGCUGAAUGAUGCUUACAAUUAAAAAAAAGAAAAUGAUUAUAAGAGGAAGUCAAUAUUAAUACAAAAAAAGCAACUUAAAAAUAAAAUAUAGGAAUACAUAUCUCCUAGAAAAUAAAAAGCAAUACAGUUUUCUAAUGAAAAAGAGGAAAUAUUGAAUAAUCAGCUGAAUGUUCUUGUAGAAUAAAAAAAGUCAUUAGAAAAAGAAAAUGAAAGAUUGUAAUCUUAUAUCAAAGAAUCUAAAUUGAAAAAAGAUUAGCAAAAUAACUUGAUUUUCGAUUACUCUAAGAAAUAAAAUCUUUUUACUUCUUAUCUUAAAAACUCUCUAAAAAUAAUGAAUUAGUUAAAUAUAAUCAACUUUGAAUUUUCAUAAAACUUCCUUAUUCAUUAUGAUAUCUAUGAGCUUUUUUAUGCAUUAGAAAAUAUUCGCUCUCUAAAAUCCAUCACAUUUAAUUUCUCGAACAAUUAUUUAGGCAAUCUUGGUAUCAAACAUAUUUUAUCAAUCUUCAGAAUUCAAAAAGAUUUAUCGUUUAUUGAUAUCAAUCUAGAAAAUAACUAGAUUAACGCUGAUGGAUUAUUCUAUAUAUCGUGUAUCUUACAAGAAUGCACUUAACUAUCUAAAAUAAGAAUUAUUUUGAAAAAUAACAGGAUAGAGUCUGAUGAUAGAAUAUUAAAAUUCUCCCAAACCCUUUUAGAAAGAAAGGAUAAAUACGAAAAAGUUAUCUUAGACUUGUGCGAUAAUGUUUGUGUGUACAAUACAGACCAAGAGUUUAUUAAAGCAUUACAUAUUGCAUAUCCUAGUUCCUUCUAUUACUGAGUGAAAGGCAGAUUAUCAAAUUAUUAUAAGGGUCUUUAAUAAAAAUAUAUAAUUACUGAAGAUAAAUUAAUAACCUAUAAUUUACCAAAAUUGAUAAAAUUAAUUAUUUAUUUAAGAUCUAUUAGACAAAUCGCAUCAUGUUUGUAGUAAACCAAUUAUCUAGAACUAUCCUGUUCAAUUUAUCUCUUCUUUUUUUU